AUGUUCAAAGCAGCAAUAUUACUUUCACAAAAAUACAAUCUAACAAUUGAAGGACAAUCGAUUGGAUGGCAGACUGUAGAAACCGAUGGUAAUGUGAUCAAUACUCUAAGUAGUACAUGUCGAGCAAUAUCAACAUCAAAUAUUGUCGGUAUUGUCGGACCGAUACUUUCACGUGAAGCUCAUGUUAUUGCUAAUUUUGCUAAAACAAUUGGAAUUCCUGUUAUAUCGUAUUCUGCAACCGAUCCAGAUUUAUCUGAUCGAAAUAUUUAUCCAGCAUUUUAUCGUACAAUUCCUUCGGAUAAUACAGCUGCAUUAUCAAUUACAAAAUUAUUCAUACGAUUUAAUUGGACAUCUUGUAUUAUUAUUUAUCAAAAUGAUGCAUUCGGAUUUGGUGGUGAAAAAGCACUCACUCGAAUGUUUCAUAACAAGGGUUUAAUAGUUAUAAAAAGUAUCAUAUUUGAUAUAACGACACGUCAAAUUCAAGGUAAUUUAAAAAAUGAAUUAAUCAGUAGUUCAACACGACUUAUUAUAUUAUGGACUGAAUCAAUUUAUACAUCUCUCAUUUUACAAUAUGCACUUGAUUAUGAUAUACUUGGUCCAAAGUUUACAUGGAUAUUACUAUCAAAUAUUCCAUUGAAUUCAUUUGAUCAAAAUUCUUAUCAAAAGUUAAUCGGUAUAUUGACUAUAGAACCUACUAUUGGAGACAUUGUUAAUACACCCAUUAACUCAACAUUAUUAGAUGCAGCAUACAAUAUCUGGAAACAAUAUGAACCAGAAUCAUUUCCUGGAUCGAACAAAGUGAAUUAUCAUGCAUUAUUUGCAUUUGAUGCAACUUGGUCAUUGAUUCAAUCUUUAGAACAAUUUUGUUCAUUAACAAAUACUAGAUCUUUUUCGUGUGUAUCCAUUUUUAAUUCUUCAUUCUGUUUUGAUCAUCGUUUUCUUCAUGCAAAUAUAUUUUUCGAUACAAUUAUAAAUAUGACAUUUCUUGGUGUAUCGGGUCCUAUACAAUUUAAUCUAAAUGUAACUGAUCGAAUUAAUGGUAAUUUUUAUUUAAUACAAAAUAUUCAACCAUAUGAAAAUCAUAUUGAUUAUGUACCUGUAUUAGAAUGGUCUGAUUUAGAUGAUUGGAAAUCAUCUUCACAGAGAACUAUUAUCAUAUGGCCUGGUAAUACAUUAGUACCUCCGACUGGUCGUGCAUGUAUUUCUGGUACUCGAUUACGAAUUGGUGUUAUUGAAUCGACACCUUUCACAAUGAUAACAAAUGUUAUAGAUAAAUGUGGACAAAAUACAACAAAAUUAAUUGGUUUUAUACCUGAUCUUAUUGAUCUUUUACAGGAAAAAAUGAAAUUUAUUCCUCAAAUUUUAGUAGCAUCUUUAAAUCAGACCUAUACUGAAUUAAUUAGAGCAGUAAUAAAUGAUGAUUAUGAUAUUAUCAUUGGUGAUGUUACUAUUACAGCUAGUCGACGAAAACAAGUUAGCUUUUCAAAUUCAAUUUUUGAUAAUUCUUUACGUAUCAUUAUGCGAAAAAAUACUAAUGAUAAUGUAGAUCUUCUCUCAUUUUUAAAACCAUUCUCAUUUAGUCUCUGGAUAUUACUUUUUAUUACGAGUAUUUAUGCUGGUGUUUUAAUCUGUCUAUUAGAACGACAGGAAAAUGAAGCAUUACAUGAAAGAUCAAUUAUUUCUUCAAUUGCUAUGAGUUUAUGGUAUUCUAUCGGUACUAUUAUGGGAUAUGGUGCUGAUUUUCAUGCAAGUACUGCAGCUGGACGAUUAUUAACACUUGGUCUUUACUUCUUAAGUUUGGUAUUAGUAGCAACAUAUACUGCAAAUUUAGCAUCAGAUCUAACUAUAUCAAAAUCAAAAGCUAUUAUUUCGAGUAUUGAUGAUAUAAAAAAUGGUAAAAUACCAUUUCAUCGUAUUGGUGUUCGCAUCGGUUCAGCAAGUGAAGAAUAUUAUUUACGAGAGAUUUCUAGUGGAAAUCGAAAUUAUUAUCCAUUAAAAUCUCGACAAGAACUCUAUGAAAGUCUAUUGAAUGAUAUUAUUGAUGCAUCUUUCUUAGAUACCGGUGUUGGAGAAUAUAUAACUAAUACUAUCUAUUGUAAUUUAACAUUGGUUGGUACAGAUUUUGAUAAGGGUGCAUUUGGUGUUGUUUUUCCUAAACAAUGGAUAUAUGGACAAGAAUUUGAUGUAAGCAUAUUAUCAUUACGAGAGUCGGGUGUUCUUGAUGAUUUAAAAAGAAAAUGGUUUCAAACCAAUAGCUGUCCUGACUUAUCUGUUACAUCUACUAGUGCCGCCAUUGAAACUAUGAGUGGCUUAUUUCUUACAUUUGCAAUGAUUAGUAUUCUAUCAUUACUUCUAUUCGCAUGGAAAAGACGUUUUAUCAUACGAAAUUAUCUGUGGAAACGAUUAUGUCGAAAGAUUUCUUUAACCUUUCCAAAUACCUCGACGAUACGGCGUUCAACCGAAAUUUCGAAAUAUUCUGAAAGCUCUAAGCCAGUUCCAUCCGCCGAGGCAUGUUUUUAA